CCGGAAUACGUAUCUAUUAAGAAAGUGCUCGAUGAUGAUAUGAUAGCUCGUACUUAGAAGUGUGUCCUGGUACUUAGCUUUUCCCUUUUUCAAAAAAACAACAUUUCUUUCGAAGGUCCGGAUGUAGUUCUUGGUGCUAGACCAACAAGCACCCUCCACCCACACAAAAAAGAUGCCUUCUCCCUUAAAGGAACGCGUUCCAGGGCGCGCGGCUCGCGCAUUCUCGCUUCAAGGACGUCCUAAAGCUGAUUUGGAAGCGAAAGCUGAGGAAGUCAAAGCGGUAGAACAGUCUGCAACUACGAGGACUGUAUCUUCGAAGACAGAAGAAGCGCCUGCAUCGACUGUAGUAUACAGUUGUACUUCGAAAGCGGUGGAAGCUGCUUGUUUAUCUUCAAAAUCAGAACAAGCGCCUAGUAGUACCAAAAUCACUCCAGAGCAGACAGUCCGUAGUCGAUCCUCGGAGGACUCUCCGACUAGCGCUUUAUCGUCACCAGAGUGUCCGCGGGGGGGGACGGUCUUGUUUUUCGAUGGUGCAAGGCGGUUACAGAGCAGCGAAUCCACUAUGGGAACUGGUGGAACUAAAAGAACAAGUAGCAGUACUAACGCAGUUGUGAAAAAUGCAGUACUAGAGAAGGAUAAAGAGCGUUCAACAAGCACCUCCACAUCGAAGACUUCGAUACCAGACGAAACAACUGUGAAGACAUCAACUGUGGAGACAUCAUCACAUGGAUAUCAAGCUGCAAAUUACAGUAGAACAACUGUGAAGACAUCAGCACAUGGAAGAUAUCAAGCAGCUACAGAUAAAAAUAGUCUUGCUGCCUCGCCUCCAAUGAGUCUAAUCGCCUCACCAGAACAGGUGCAGCAAUAUCUUCGAGUGAAUGCCUCACUGACGAGUCCAGCUGCGUUUUCACCCGCAGAAGUCUUCGACAUCGCGACACCUGCAGGUUGGCGUGGCGAGAGUCAGAAAGGUGCAAUGAGAACUGCUUCUUCUAGCAGUGCAACUAAAGAGCCAGAAGUAGCGAGAACAGCGAGCAGAACAGCUUCAUCGUCCUCAACAUCAAGUGCGCAUAAGAAUGAGGACAGGAAGAGCGUCGACACCCAUGAAGAUAAGAAGGACCGUGAUGGUCAAACGCAAGAUCAGGGUCAGUCUUCUUCUUCCACUUCAGGACUAUUGUCUAGAGCUGAUAGCCUUGAUUAUGAUCGGCGAGCUGAGGAUCGCCUUUCCUGGAUUAUGGACGACGCUUCAGGAGUCGGAGCUUCUACUUCUAUAGCCUCAUAUAUCAAGGCGAUUCAUAGCUCGGUCAAGAAUACUGGUUUUUCGCGGCCCUCUAGGGGUGCAGUGAUGUCUCUGCAAUUUCCGUCAGGGACUUCGUUUGCAACAGCUGACUCAUCCAUUGGUAUUCCAGCGGGGGUUACCACAGUACAUUUAGAAGAAGAGGGGGAGGAAGAAGGAGAGGAGGAUGUGAAAGACCAACAUGAUGUAAGACGUAACAAGGAAAAAGAAGAUGAAGAAGGACCACAGCCUAUGAACUCCUCGUCUUCUACAGAAGUUACUUCAGGAAGUACAACAAGAAGUAGUGCAACAAGUGGAGGUCAACAAGAUGCUGCAGGACAAGAAGGCCCAUCUUCCCGCAGCACGACAAAGGAGGGCCCACGGGAUCCAGAUGAGGUGAGUGCGAUCGAAGUAAACGAGCCACGCCUUUCCGCAGUUCCCUCGGAGGCGAGAGUCUACCAUCAAGUAGAUAUAUCCACGAAGAGCUGCGGGACGAAUUUCGUUUCAGCUGCUUCAAGAGCAGCUGCAACGGGUCACGGAAGCAAAGAGUCUAAAGAACAAGUAGGCAAAGAUCCGUCUUCGGUCAGUUGUAGCGCACCUCAAUUCAUGCAGGUAGCGCCUGUUCUGACUGUUGUGGGUGACCCUGGUCUUGAGGACUCCUCCUGUAGUGCCUCAAGUGCUUUAUUACCUACCAUGCCAACGUCCCGAGAAAUCUUAGACGAGCUAAAUGAGGCACGGACUCUCCGCUCCGGAACCGCCAUCGCUGCAAGGACUAGUGCUGCGUCAGUAGACCCGUUUCCUCUCAGUGAAUGGAAUAAAGUGGACUUGGUAACCGGAGGAAACUUCUGUUCCAUAGAUUCUAGAGGCAGUGGUCUACGGUCUGGUUGGGUGCGGGGCGUCGGUGCGUCUUCUUCCUCUCUUCUCCCCGCUGAAGAGCCACCACCCGAGGAGGAAGAACAGCAAGAGUGGCAUGAGCCUUUGUCUCGACCGUCGAGCGUUAGCCCGGCAAAAACACCUUCCGAAAAACGCUAUGGUGAGGUUGUAGCAAGGGCACGAGCAGCGGCUUCUUCAUCUUCUACGAGCAGUAGUGCUAGUAGGAUUGGUGGAUCUGAAGCUUCGCAAGUGCGCUUCGAGAGUUCACGUUUAGAAAGGUGUUCCUCUUUGGCGGGUACCACAGAUGUGGCGUCAACAGAACAAGACCGCACGACAAUCUAUACUAGAGAACCUGAGCCUCCAGGUCCAGUGUCUUCUUCUAGCUCCUCCGCGGCCUCGCGUAUCUCCAAUACGUUUGAAAAACACAUCAAGUCCACCGCGGGUCAUAAUCCAGUAACAUCCACAUCAGACGAAUCCUCUACAAGUACAACAUCAAUAAACCCAGAAAUAGCACUGCGACGAUUGCGUGACGAACUGAGACGAGAACGCGAUUUAAGGUUUGCGGCCGAAAGUCGGUGUAGCCAACUGAGGGCGGAGGUGCAGCGUCGACAAACUGCUCAGGUCGAACUCACACAGCGUCUCCGCAAUCUCGAGAACAGCCAGUUGCCGCGUCUCGCGAGAGAAGUGAAGUUAUUGUUUGGUUGAAAAAUUUGUAUUCCGGAAUUUCCAAACCUAGAAACAACAAGAAAGUCACUGAUGACAUAAAAACUAUUUCCUUCUCUAAACGAAGGCCUCACAGUCGCAAGAAAUACUCUGGAAAGAGAGGCUCUAGGACUACGCAAAUCUCUCGCAGUAUACAAGGACCGUUACGAAGGACAGCUAGAUGGGCAGCAAGACUUAGUCAGAGAAGCGGAGACAUUGAUUAUGGCAUGUGAAGAAGUGUCAGAAGAAAUUCGAUAGGGUGUGAAGUUUGCGUAUGAAGAAAUUCGAGUCCAUUUUUUGGUCACUUUAUCCUUUCCAAUACCUAUGGAGGCGCGCUUCUUCUAAGACAAGGACCGAAAAGGCAGAGGCGGACCGACGGGCAGCGUUUUUCAAUGAGCGAGUGGACGAGACUAUGGCAGAAGCCGCGUCUUUGCGUGCGGAUCUUUUAGACCUCAAACGUGCAGAGAGUGACCGGUACAAGAGAGGAGAGAGCAUGGCAAGGAGUCGCAUUUCGGGUUUGGAGCAAGAUCUGGCGCAUGCAGAGAGUAGGAGGUAUUGCUAUUGCGUUCAAGUGUCACUGGGUGCCGUUCCUGCAGGUAUAAAGACUAUAAGCUCAUAUUUUUUAGAAUUCCGAGUAGCACACUUGUUUAUAUGAACUCUACACCUCCAACAUCAACUUCCCUCAGUGUCCGCCUUUCCGGUUCUCUUGCUGCUGCGCAAAAACAACUCGAAGAAGCUAAUGUAAUGCACAGUCAACAACAGGCCGCAAUAAAGCAAAACCAUGACCGCGAGAUCACAAGUCUGACAACGCAGCUAACUGAAAUGAAAGCUGAGUUUUUGUCUCGUGCCAAAUGCUUAGCUGCCGAAAACGAACGCCUUGUGACGCAAGUUGAGGCUUUGCGGAGAACGAAUGCUGCUAACGCGCACAUGCACACAACAGCACCAUCAAGUGGCAUUGCGCUCCAGCAGAGAACAGCCGGCGGUCAGCAUGAUCUUGAUGAUGUGUUUUAUGGCAAGAGUCUAGAGAAAUUCUUGAAACAGCCAUUUCGUAGUCCAUAACUGUGAGUAAAAAGAAGUAGAUUUCUUGUUCAAAAGAUUUCCUCUUCAAGUGAGACGUCCUCCUUGACUCCCCAUUGAUUACGUUCUCCAUCUCCACCUUCUAACUCCCACAACAACUACACGGCGCCGAGCUGCGCAUUUGCGUUUUGGAACAAGAAAAAACAUUACUAGCCGAUGAACUUUCCGAGUGGAAGGAAGAGAGGAUGCGCAAUCUGCAAGCUGUGAAAGAAAAGGCCGCUUUGUAUGAAAAGCGGCGAUUGGAGACGAAGCAGUCGCGACACCAGUUCGAACGCAUGAUGCUACAAGCGUCGCAGAAGUCGUGAUAGGACUUCGAGAGAGGAGUACGCUUACUUCAGGUUGAAGUUGCUUGUUUUAUAGAUUCACUUUCUUGUAUCUAUCGUAGAACUUGUUCUAAUUGAGGACAAUGAGAAUUACAUGUUGAUGUUAGACGACACCGACGAGAUGACAGUUAGAUCGUCGCACCAGUCGUUUAUGUCGCCCAGCACAUUUCUGACGCAUUAAUCUUUCAUGUCGCCAGGUGAAGAAGGACACAU